AGGGGGCGUGGCCCGCACCUUAUAAAAGCCGGCGCGGGGACGGUCGCGCGCGCGUGUUGGGGUUACGCCACCGGGAAGCGCGCGCUCGGGCCUCGGUGCCACCGUCCCGGUCCCUGUCAGCAGCAGCCGCUCCACCCCCUCCGCCCCCCGCGCUCAGGUAGGUGGCGAAGUGACAGCUAUUGAACUAUGGCAUUCAACAAGAUUUGGUGUACUGUAGCCCUUGGACUCCUGCUGCCUUUUUCUUAUGCCCACACAGACUUCUUCACUUCUAUUGGUCAUAUGACAGACUUAAUUAAUACAGAAAAGGAUCUGGUGGUGUCACUGAAAGAUUACAUCAAGGCAGAAGAAAGCAAGUUGGAACAGAUCAAAAAAUGGGCAGAGAAGUUGGAUCAGCUGACAGAUACUGCUACAAAAGACCCAGAGGGAUUUUUGGGACAUCCUGUAAAUGCAUUCAAGUUGAUGAAACGGCUUAACACAGAGUGGGGUGAGCUGGAAAGCCUGGUUCUGAAGGACAUGUCAGAUGGCUUUAUCUCCAACAUGACCAUCCAGCGGCAGUUUUUCCCAAAUGAUGAGGAUCAGACUGGUGCAGCAAAAGCCCUCUUGCGACUUCAGGACACGUAUAAUUUAGACACAGACACCCUCUCAAGAGGGAAUCUACCAGGUGUGAAGCACAAAUCGUUUUUAACAGCUGAAGAUUGCUUUGAGCUGGGAAAGAUAGCCUACACUGAGGCUGACUACUACCACACUGAGCUCUGGAUGGAACAAGCCCUGAAACAGCUGGAUGAGGGAGAGGUGUCUUCUGCAGACAAAGUCUACAUCCUGGACUACCUGAGUUACGCCGUGUAUCAGCAGGGGGACCUGGGCAAAGCCAUGAUGCUCACCAAACGCCUUCUGGAGCUGGAUCCUGAACAUCAAAGGGCAAAUGGGAACAUGAAAUACUUUGAAUAUAUCAUGGCUAAAGAAAAAGAAGCAAAUAAGUCCAGCACAGAUUCAGAAGACCAGAUGGAGAAGGAAACAGAGGUUAAGAAAAAGGAUUACCUGCCUGAGAGAAGGAAGUACGAAAUGCUGUGCCGUGGGGAGGGUCUCAAAAUGACUCCUCGGAGACAAAAAAGACUUUUCUGCCGCUACUAUGAUGGGAACAGGAACCCUCGGUACAUUCUGGGCCCUGUCAAACAAGAAGAUGAGUGGGACAAACCUCGAAUUGUUCGCUUCCUUGAAAUCAUCUCCGAUGAAGAGAUCGAAACUGUGAAGGAGCUAGCAAAGCCAAGGCUGAGCCGUGCUACUGUUCAUGACCCUGAGACUGGGAAACUGACCACAGCACAUUACAGAGUCUCUAAGAGUGCUUGGUUGUCUGGCUAUGAAAGCCCUGUGGUAUCUCGCAUUAACACACGGAUACAGGACCUAACAGGACUUGAUGUCUCCACAGCAGAGGAACUACAGGUAGCCAACUACGGAGUAGGAGGCCAGUAUGAGCCUCAUUUUGAUUUUGGAAGGAAGGAUGAGCCAGAUGCUUUUAAGGAAUUGGGAACAGGCAACAGAAUUGCUACUUGGUUGUUCUAUAUGAGUGAUGUGUCAGCAGGGGGAGCUACGGUCUUUCCUGAAGUGGGAGCCAGUGUUUGGCCUAAAAAGGGAACAGCUGUAUUCUGGUACAAUCUCUUCCCAAGUGGAGAAGGAGAUUACAGCACGAGGCACGCAGCCUGCCCAGUACUAGUUGGAAACAAAUGGGUAUCCAAUAAAUGGCUCCACGAGCGGGGACAGGAAUUCCGAAGACCGUGCAGUUUAUCAGAGUUGGAAUGAUGGAGCCUCCUCCUUUGUCUCUCCUGUUUUCUGUGUAAAAUGCACACAUCUCCUACCGUUUACAAUUGACUAACACUCCACUACAGGUUCAGUCUUCAACCACACCGGUGUUUCAUCUGUGGACAAAACAAACAUGCUUUUAGUUCCCUCUAAAAUAUCCCUUUAAGGUUUUCUGAUCAAAAUACAAUGGUUUUUAAGGUUUAUGAGUGUGACAGAAAAAAAAAAGGACAAAAUACAGAUCAGGGCCACAACAAAGAGUGGUGUUGUGUGUGGUGUUCCUUCACCAUCGCCCCUCUGAGCAGCAUGGAAAACCAGGAGUUGUUUGCUUAAAGUCCUCCUUGCAACAGUCAGCCUGCUGAGGCUGGGACGACUGAAUAGGAAGGCUCCCUGCUAAGGAAGGAUGAAUUUAAACCCCUUCAUAUUCCUUAAUUCCCAGACAUUUAACUCCUUGCUUCCCUAGAGUGCCUGACCACUACUGUUGAGAACUGCGGGCAUGGCUUGUGUUUCUCUGGGAAUCAGGUUAUCAUGUUUUAGCCUUUUCUUUUGCUUCCACAAAAGGCCCCAUUUUUAAACUGUCUUCCUUCUCAGUCUCUUUGGGAAGUCUGGCUCUUAGCCUUGCAAAUGGCCAGCAGUUAACAUCUGCAUCAGCAAGAUGCUUCAGCAGUGCUGUGUCAAACAUGUGCCUGCAUCAGACCAGCCUGACAAUUACAGCCCAAGUUCCCUCUUUUUUUAAAAAUGUUUGUCCACAUAAACAAAUGCUGCUUUUAUUCUGUCUUGGUAGUCAACUCUUACAUCUCUUCCUUGGGCAGUGGGGAUGGGGAUGGGAAUGUUACCAUCUUAACAAAGCAAAGUAAUUGUGCCUUAGGAUGGUGGAAUUUCAAACUGGUUAUGAGACUUUGGGUGCUGAGGUGUAACACACAGUUUUCACAGAAUGCUCUCCAUCCUCAUCCUAGUUCUCAAGGGUUUGUGAGAAAUAGAUGGCCUAUUUAUAAUCCUAAAUCUUUUCUAGAUGCUUCUGAUUUUGCCAAUGUCUUUUUCCUGCUGCGGAUGCUGCGUGCAGGCCGCAGCUGUGCCUGUGGGCACAGGGGGGCGACUUCACAGAGUAUGGCAGAGAAGGUGCCCACUCUGGAUGGUUUGGUGCUGCUCACCUUACAGAGGCUGCCUCCACCCCAGCCUCAUGCUGCCUUUCCUCUCCUGAGCCAUCACUGGCACUCCUAAGCGAGGAAGUGCUGGGAAGGGGCCUCUCCAGAGGCUCUGGUGCUGUUCUUCCCAUGAGCCAGGGCUGGAGCCAUUCUGAUUCAUGCCACCCACACAGAAAAAGUGUCACCAGAGUCAGCAGUGCCUGCACUGGAACAGCUCACUCCUGGUGGCUGUUAGGGACCUUAGUUUGUGACAAGUCAUCCUUAGGCUGAGAUGGAGUGGAAUCCUCUGAGGGAGAUGAGACUCUGGCUGCUGUAGCUGCUGAACUUUGUUCUGCUUGUCAGAUUCCUGCAGGAGGAAUAACUGCUGUCCCUGCUGCCCCCAGCACGGGAAGAGCUGUGCAGCAUGAGGAGAGGCUGCUGGGAGGCUCACCUGUCUAAGCUAGUUGAUUCAACAGUAGGAUUUUAGGCAAAAUGUCUAAAUAUUACACUAGCACAAGAAGGGCAAGAAGCCAAGUGAGCUGCACCAGACUUUACCUAAGCAGUCUGAUUUUCUGGAUGAUGAUGGUUUUACUGAUUUUAGGGGUCAAGCCUAAAGUCUUUACCAAGGAAAAAAAAUCUGAUUUUACUUAAUUGGAUUUUCUGCCUCAAUGAAAUCUUGAAAAUUGAGCCAAAACAUAGACAAAACAUGUUAAAAAUACCUCUGGAAUACUGAGAAUGCAAGUUAAAGGUACUAUAGUUUGAGAAACUGCAUACUUUCAGAAGACACUUUAAAAAUCUGCUGGAAAAUGUGUUUUUAAAUUUUUACUGAGCCUGUUAGCAUUGGGACCUACGUAACUGUUUAUCCUGAGCCCUGCAUUUUGCUUGUUCUUCUGACAGAUGUGAAACAAAACCCACCUAGCUCUUAAGAAAACAAAUAAAAAGGAAAAUCAGAAGUAGUUCCUCCUCACAUCUGUACUGCUCAUUUAUUCAAAAUGUGUGGUACACUAGAGCAGUAUUCGUUCUCUAUUUCUAUUGGUUAUCAGAGAAUAUUUUUGGUCACUAGAUUUUAAGCAUUUAAAAGAAAAAACCAUAACCAGCUCAACAUUUCUACUUGCCUGAGUGUUCUCCCUGUCACUCAGUGUCAUUCAUCUCCAUUCUUAUCCAUGGUUCUCUCUCCCUCCCUUUUUUUUUUACUUUCUUAAGCUCCAUAAAGAGGCAAUCACUGCUGCAGUAAGUCCUGCCAAUUCCCUGCAAAUAAAAGAAUAGAAUUUUACUGCUCCCACCUCUGGGACAUUGGUUUUCUCCCAUGCAUCUAUAAAUGCUUUUAGAAAAGCCAGUCCUGCAUCAUUAACAAGCUCAGGAAAAAAACGAUGUAUUGUCACCACAAGCAUGUUGAGAAAACAUUAUUAAAGAAAUACUGGGGUUUUUUUCCCUAAAGUGAGCAGAGAAGAUACUUUAAAUGCUAAAAAUUGUGUAAUUUUCAUAUGGUUGGUUUUUUCCCUGCAUCUGUUUAACCAACAGCAGAAGGUGAAUGACAAGCUUGAGCAAAGUCGUGGAAUGUCUGGAGAAAUUUACUAAGAGUUAAUUCCUUCUGCUCACCUACCAUUGAGUACCCCCAGUGCUGAACAGCAGAUGAACAGUUUUUAGAGACAUUGCCUGGGGAGUAAAAAUGUUUCAUUGCAUGAGUUUCUAAAGCAGUGAACAACACAAUGCUUUGCAACUCUUUGGGGAAGAAAAAUAGUUUGUCUUUUGACUUUGGAAAAUUUCCCUCGGUUUGAAAACAACCAACCAAAAAAACCCCAAACAAAACAACACCUCAUAAGUCUGCUGAGACACAGCAGACCAAGAUGUUCGAGAUUAUUAGAAGAGAAAAAAGGGCAAGCUUUUUAUCUGCAGACAGUCCAUGUAUCCUUUCUUCACUGCAGGAGCAUCCAUGCACCUCACACGAGAGGUGUACAGACUACCCAAGUGCUGCUGCUCCCUGCCUUACCCCUUCAUUUCUCAAAGGGCUUUUGGAUCAAGAGUGUGGCUCCUGUGUGAAUCUAGUUUUGUAUUAAGGAUGACAACUGAAAACUGGUUGGCUCACAGUGAUUGACAAACUGCCUGACUGUUUGGUUUUUUUUGUAAUUAUAUUUUUAAUGUAAAAAAAAAGGGCUUAAAAUAAAAGCCACUGCCAUUAGCAGUGAAAAAAAC